AUAUGUACAUGUAGAAAAAUACCGAGUAACUGGAGUUUUCUGUAUACUUGAUGUAUUUUCAUUUCUAAUAUUUUGAUUUAUACAUAAUAUCGAAAGCAUUGUUUGGAUGAAUUUUGAAUAAAAUGUAUGCACAUAACUUACAAUCAAUUGUUUAAGAAACGUUCAUUCUUCAUUAAAGUAUGUUCAUUUGGAUUUAAAACAAAGAUAUUGUACAAAUCCGAUGAUGAAUAGAGUGGAAACAAAUUAAACGAUAAUAAUAAAAUAACUAAAAUUAUUACAUAAUAAACAGAAAUUUGUGUAAAAGAUAUUGUGCCAAUCAUUCUGCUAAUCAAAUGUUGUGUCAAGUUCAGCGUUCGACUCAAAUGAUUACAAAAUUCUUAGGAAAUAUAAAAUCUCAUAACAAGCUACAUGUCAACAUUGUACGAAAUUUCUAUAAUUCAAGUGGAGCCGUUAAUUUUUUUUUACGAAAUAUACGUAAACGGCGCAAUGAUUUUUCUAAUAUAGUGUACAAAAGAUAUGAAGACGAUGAUGAUACCGAAACAACAGUGACUAUUAAAUCAAUCUUAUUCCCUAAUGAACCGCCUGCAAAACAUCAUUUUCUCCAAUUUUAUUUUUCGGAUUUUUGGGCACACAUGAAAAAAGAAUAUAUAAAAUAUACUGGAAAGAAGUUAUAUAACGACAAUCUGAUGCUUGGUGCUGAAAUAGCAUGUGCUCUAUUUAUUCUAAGGAACAAGGGAAGAGUAAAGAUCUACAAUAAUGAUGAAUGGAUUGAGAAAACUGAAAGAUACAAGAAACCUGAUUUGAUACCAGACUUUCAUGAUCCUGACUUUAUUUUGGAAGCAAUAGAUUUAAAGGGAUAUCCCAUAUUAUAUGAAAACAUAGAAAACAUAUGCAAUCUUUUACAACUCCGGUGGCUGAACCUCGGUGGAUGUAGUACUAUUGAUGACUGGACUGUGGACAAAAUAUCUGCAGAGUUCCCAGCUGUAGAGCACCUUGACAUAUCAGAUUGCAUAAAUGUAUCACCAAAAGGAUUACAAGCAUUAUACAAAAUGCCAAAUUUAAAGAAAUUAAUUGUCACAGAUUUCCAAAACUCUACAGAACUUGAGCUGACCUGUCUUAUGCUAGAAGAUAUUAAUCCAUACUUAAAAUGUGAAAUAAUAAAGGUAGAAAUGGAACUUCUAGAAGAUAACUGAUAUGUACAGUAGUAAAAGUAAUUUUUAAAAAUAUUGGGACAUAUUUAUAAAACAUAAGUUAUUUUUUGGUGCAACUAGGUGUCUCUUGUCAAUUUAUUUUUUUCCCUCCGUCUUUUCACAUAAUAUAGUUCUGCUUUAUUUGUGAUUCCAUAGGUUUUAAUAUUUUCUCUUUCAUCUGUUAAUUUCACAUUUUCAAAACAUAAAUGAUAUUUUCUCCACACACGUUUCCAACUUAUUAUUUGCUUCACAUUCUCUCUUUUCAAUGAUAAUGUUGUAUGUCGUUUGAUAGCUUUCUUAAGGUCUAAGACUGUAGUAUUAUGUGGUGGUACCUAAAUGUAAAUAAAGUAUCACAUAUUAUA